GGCGGCGGCGCCCUCAAGAGUUUAUUGUGCCACAAAAGGCGGAGUCGUUUGACUUGGCGUGUGGAGUUUUUGAUGGACCAGCAAGUUUGGUUUCUUGUAAUUAAAUUAUGGUUAAUGUUGGUAUUUUUAUUGCCUAAGAUUGCUACAAUAUGACGGAACGAGCAACGGAUGAUAAGCCAGCCACAGAAGAUGCAGAUGUGCCACGGAAGACGCCGCUCUUUCUCUUCUUCACAUGUAAGACCUCGGGGAGCAGCUUCUUGAAGCACAAGCUCCUUGACAUUGCCGUCCACUGCUGGCCGUAUGACGACAAUGCGCCGGUGUUCUACAGAAGAAUCAAUCACGCAGACAAGGAGAAAGGACAGGGAAAAACGAGAUGUAGACAAACAAGCAAAAGCCAAAGUAGUGAGUCCUCUGGUAACAGCAACAGCAGGAAAUCGGCUGCUGUUGGUGUGAUUGAGGAAUUACUCCAGUGGAUUGACAGCACUGUGGAAAAAGCCAGCUCAGCAUUGGGACUGACGCUUUAUCCAGUUUUGAUCGCCCACUGGGGGGAGACGUUCCAAUUCCUCUUCCUGUACCGGAUGCUGGAAAAGUACGGCAUCAGCGCUACGGAAACCCUGGGGGCGCACGGUGUGCAUUUUGCCGACCCUGUGCCAGUCUUGAAGCAGUAUAAAGAGGCUAGGCACCCGUGGCUCGUUGAAUCGCGAUCCCUGGGUCUUGUUUCACUGCUCAAUGACUGGUUCCCUGCACAGUUUGACGAGGCAGGCUUGACGUUUUCCAGAAGUUGUGGUGCUCUUGUACUGAAGUUGUACACGCAGAGUCCUUUGUAUUGGCUGCUGUACCGAGUGCCCAUAUACAGCACUCGGGAGUGGAUUGAGUUUUAUGAAGGAGAAAAACUCUACCGAGAAGACAAGUGGGAACUGCAAGGUAAGAAUAUACCAGCCAGCAUCGUAGGCAUGCAGCGCAAGAUGACCGUCAGGCAGCUCCUGAAACACGGUUACAACUGGCCCUCCCUCAUCGACCUGUUCAAGUCCUGCGGGUCCCCCCAGCAUUUCCGGCAGGAGCUACGAGACAUGGACAUGAAGACCGGCGCGGCAGGGCGUAUCACGGCUACGAUCGGGGCCAUGAAACUUGAGCAGGACGGCUCCAGAGAGUACAAAGUGCGCAUCAAGUCGCACAUGCCGUUUGCCAAGUACUACCACCUGACGGAUGCUAGAGGGCGCCAUUUCAUUCUGCGCGUGGCCAACGUCUUGCCGCCGUGCUUCUUCUCAUUGGCCGACCUGUGCGACAACCGAUGGCAGGUCCCAGACAACCUGUUGCAGAUCGGUCCACCUGAAACGUGGGACGCGAUGCUUUCCCGUGAUGCGAACAACGUGAUUGGAAAGUCCUGUGAUGAAAAUGGCAACAAAACUCAAGGAUUCGAGGAGGCUGAUGUUUUUGGUUGGCGAAGUUGUGAGUCACAGCCGAGUGCUGUUGCUGGCGUAAAGGACGUCCAAUCAGAAGACAGCAGUGAACCUGAAUGGGACAAGGCGGAAGACUGCGACUUGCAGCUCUGUGACAAUGGCGACCUGCCCGACUGCUACUUCAAAGAGCCCGGGCCGGCCCACGUCCCAACCACGCUGGUCAAGGGAGCCGGGGGAAUCAACCCCUUUAUCUUCCCUGAACAGGAGUGGCUGGCUGUGGACAGCACAGACCACAAACCAGAUUUUCCAGAACCUGGUUCGCUUAUGGAUGAGGAAUGUUCUGAAAAGAGUGUAGUAUCAAGCAGCCAUUCAAAAACCAGUAAAUCCGCCCAAGCCAAUCAGACCACGUCAGCAGAUUUGCACUGCGGCACGUCCACCAAUCGGGAGACAUCAAGAGCUUGGAAAAGUCAGGGGACCAAUCAUCCGAACUGUGCAAUGUCCAGACAUUCUACUACAGCCAAUCAGAACAGCUGUAAGCGAGCAGGGUCCAAUUCCUGGUCCAAUGAGAACGAUUCAUCAGUACCACGUCACUCUGCCUCAGCCAAUCAGAGCAGCCUUUCCGGAAGGAAACCAGCAAAAUUGUAUUCAACCAACCAGAGCAAUUGUACCUCUUGCCAGAAAAACUCAUUCACUUCAAGGUAUUCAACUUCCACCAAUGACAGACGGUCUGCAGUAAGGUCACAUGAUUCUAUUAUGUCCAAUCAGAGGGCCUCCAUGGAACCACGUGCUUGUCCUGCCACCAAUCACAGCUCACAAGAUGGAUCCCUCGGUUCAUCAUCAACCUCCCCCUCAAAACUUUCUGGUGAUGAAUUUACUGUGUAUCACACACAGGGUGCAAUUCCAAGAGAAAAGAGGCAUGUUCCAUUGAACUCUCAGUCAAAGAAGAAAAACAGCCAAUCAUCUCCAGCCAAUCAGAUGGCUGCAAAGCAAAAAAUACAUCAGUGCACUGCAGCCAAUCACAGCUCGCCAAGUGAGAACCGUGGUCCAUCAUCAGCCUCCUUCUCAGAGUCAUCUAAUGAUAAAGUGUUCUCCACCCGGCUUUCAAGAGACAGGACACACGUUCCACCAAGAUUUCAAUCCAAAAAGAAAAGCGGCGGAAAGAAAACAAGGCGUGAAAGUUAGUCACAUUGUAAAUUAAUUGACAGAGGCUGGUGGAAGAACUGUCCAGCCAAAUAGACAAGCCAAACACAAAAUUACUUGUGUUGUACUUGGCAGAGUUUUGAUGAAGCCCAUAGAGCUAUAUUAAAUUACCCGGUACUAGAGUGCUGACUUGAUGUACAAAGUGAUGCCUGCUGGGUGCAUCCAUGUUUGUGCACAAACCUAUGGAAAACUAGAAAUUUUGUAUGGCUUUUGUACGGCUAUAUCUGCAUUUGCAUUCUAUACAGGUGUGUUAUCAAAGCUAAUAUGCCCACAACCGAAACGCACAAUCAGUAAAUGACCGCUUAAGUUUGCUCUGCGCAAACAAUGCAAACGCGUGCGCGUAUCCGCUGCAGAUGAGAUUUGCCAUGACGUUUUUUAAACCGUGAUAGCCCGCUGAAGUUGUUUACGUAUGUUGUUCUUGCGCGUUGCAUUUAGAGUACACUUUAACAAUUAAAUCCAUCUAAUUUCAUUAUGUUCUACAGACAGUCACAUGAAUUCAAAAUGCCUGGGCACAGGAAGGCUUGAAAUUAUCUCCGCGCGUAAGAAUGAGGAGUUAGCGCUCUAUUAAUUUUUAUAUAGCUCUAUGAUGAAGCCAGAAAUAAACACCAAACUUCCACAAACUGAUGAAUAUUUAAUUUUUUUAAACAUGCUUAAAUUUUUUGGAGAGACGUUUGAUAUGUAAGUGAAGGAUUUGUAUUCAGUGUUUAGUGUAUUUGUAUUCAAAGUUGAAUGUUAUUAUUUUUUUGUAUGUAUUAUUAUUAAAGAGAUAUUUUCCCUGUAUUAUUAUUAAAGAGAUAUUUUCCCUUUUCGGAUAUUUAUAAAAAAGUGGAGUAUUCUGGAAAUUCCAACCAAGUUGGUUAUUGUUUUCCGUCCUGUAGUGCAAAAUUAUUAAUAAAAGCAGGGUUGUAACUGAUCUAGUCAUCACAAAGCAUGCCACAUUUCCUGACCUUACAUGAAUGUGACAAGUCAUGACUUGUGACAAGUCAUGACGUGUUACAUGCAUAACAUGUGACAAGUUGUCACAACAUGUGACAAGUCACGAGUCAUGACGUGAUAAGUUACAAAAUGUGACAAGCCGUGACAUGUGAGCAGUCAUGACAAGUCACAAGCCAUGACAAGUCAAAAGUCGUGACAACUCGCAAGCUGUGACAAGUCACAAGCAAUGACAAGUCACAAGUCAGAAGCCACGACAAGUCAAAAGCCAUGGCAAGUCGCAAGCCCUGAGAAGUCGCAAGCUGUGACAACUGACAAGUUGCAAGCCAUGAUGUCAAAAGUCAUGACAAGUCACAAGCCAUGCUAGUCAAAAGCAAUGACAAGUCACAAGCUAUGACUAGUCACAAGCCAUGACAAGUAACAAGCCAUGACAAGUAACAAGCCAUGACAAUGACAUUAAGUCAGUAUAACAAUUUAAGCACAAGUAAAAUCAAACGUGAAGGUUCAAGUCAGAGUGGAUGAACAAUGGAAAACCGUGCCUUUGUCAAAGUUCACUUGCAAAUAAAUUGAAGCAUUUUGAAAAAUGUAUCAUUCUUACAUCAUGGUAUAAUUUUGUAGUUUCGUAAAAGUCAUAAUAUAAGCACUCAUGCUUAGCACAAUAGGCUUUGAUGCAGUCAUUAUUUGCAAUUCAUGAUUUGUGAUUUUAAAUUUGUUUUGUGUUUUCCUAUAAUUUAAAGGUGCUUACGCUUUUGUCCUUGUUUUUUUUAUAAUAUAAAGGUGCUGUUUUUUGUAUAAUAUAAAGGUGCUUUCUUUUUUUUCAUUUGGAACGUUUUCAUUUUAACAUUAUUUUGUAGUGUUUUCAUUUUAAAGGCAAACUUAUAUUCACUUAUGACUAAGACGAGAUGAGAAUUUUAUCAUCAUUCUUACAUCAUGGUAUAGUUUUAUAGUUUCGUAAAAGUCAUAAGAUAAGCACUAAUUGUGCUUAGCACAAUAGGCUUUGAUACAGUCAUUUGCAAUUCAUGAUUUGUGAUUUUAAAUUUGUUUUGUGUUUUUUCUAUAAUAAAAAGGUGCUAACGCUUUUGUCCUUGUUUUUUCUAUAAUAUACAUGUAAAGGUGCUGUUUUUUGUAUAACAUAAAGAUGUUUUUUUUCAUUUGGAAUGUUUUCAUUUUAACAUUAAUAUUUUGUAUGUGUUUUCAUUUUAAAGGCAAACUUAUAUUCACUUAUGACUAAGACGAGAUGAGAAUUUUACAGUUUUAUAACGCACGUACAUGUCCAUUGUUUGAAAUGUAGUAGGACGCGAGAUCUAAAUUAAAAGGAGAGAAAAAGAAA